CUCUUGUCACCUCGACGCUCGACAGCAGAGGUUGUUCUCAUGAGACGGCCAGGACAUGCAGGACAUGCGGAGACAUGCAUGCAGGAUGAGUGCAAUGGUGACGAGGACACAGGCGCCAGGCUCGAGGCACGGCCUGAAACGAGUAGUUCGUUGUUGGGUCGGUUCGUCGAGCAAACUAGCUGUCGCUGCCGUCCAUGCCGUUCCAGUCGGGCAUGACAGACAGGGCAACCUUGUUUCGGUUAGCCACAUUGAGCAGUCACGACGCGCCCGACCGCGCCCUCACAACCUUAGUAGAGUACGCGUCGCGUGUGCAGUACAUGUGGUGGGGUGUUGGCAGAUUCUUUAAACUCAAUCAUUUCCCGUGUGGCACUCUUGGCGUCCUCGCCUGUUUCAUGGGUCUCAUUGCUCAACAGGCCGGUCGCGCCGGUCGGACGUGGACAUGGGUUGGCUUGGCGGGCGCGUCACCUCUGAUUUGCAGGUGCAUGUCGCACAUGGCGCGUGCCGUGUAAUCUGAGACACUGGGAUAGGUGCUGCCAAUGAGGAGAACAGCGGUUACUGACCACAUGUACUGCUGU